AUGGCGUAUUUACAACACAAUCGAUUUGGUUUUAAAGACAAUUCAGUGGAUGCUAACAUUCCUGACAAUGAUGUAGCUCGCCUCAUGUAUUAUUUUAAUUGUGUAUGCUCUGCUAUUCAAUACAAUGAUAGUGAUGUUCGUCGAUUUCGAAAUUAUCGAAAUUGGGCAUCUUUAUCUUUCGAAGAAAUUCGCGUUUUAUUGGCUCUUUGUAUUACUAUAAGCCCGGAUGUGCUUGAUGGCAAAGUAUUCUUUCACUCUGAUGCUUUAUGUGGUAAUAGCCAAAACAAAUUUUACGAAAUCAGUCAAGUAAGCAAUCAAUUGUUGGCUGUGGAAUCAAUCGUUAUUGCUGGUCGAAGAUGUCGGGUUAGCCAAAUUAUGACAUACAAGAUGUCUUGGAUGUACAAUUAUUAUCUUAAUCCAGUGCAGCGCCUUGCAUCACGAUUUAGCAGUCCUACAUCACGCUCAGGAACGUGUAUUAUCUCAUAA